UGAAGGAGGGGAAUUUUUGUUUUGGAAAAUGAAAGAGAAUGUGGAACUGGUAUUUGAGAUUUGUGUGGUGAUUCCCAAGAGAGAGGCGAUUCUUAAAGGAGAUGAAGACUUUGAUUGCGGCAAUGUCUUUGCCAAGGAGCUUAAGAAUGCAGGCUUGGUUGUUGACAGAGUUAUUGGCAAUUCAGAUGAGUUCUUCAAGGUGGCUGCACCUUUGGAGACAUUGGGGAGGGCUGCAGCUGAACUAAGAAUCAUGAAAAGAACUCACAUUGGUAUGGAUUUGCAAUUUGAUAUGGUGGAGGUUGAUGCUUUUGUCAAACAGCCAGAUGGUUCACUUUUUAGUUGGUACGAACGUUUUCAGUGCUACUGCCACUUAAUGCACGGAAUUGUAAACAACAGCAAAUCAAGCAGAAUCCUUAAAUUCAAUAGAAGGGAAAUCCGUUGGGAAGUCGGAGAGCAUCUCCUUCCAAAAUUGGAAUCAGAGAUCAUUAUUAAGCAAAUAUUUCCUUUGCAUGAUGACAAGAUUAGAAAGAAACUCCUUAAAACCUGGGCUCUUCAAUGGUGGGACUUCACAACUCAGCCAGUAGAUGAGAUUUAUGCAUAUUAUGGUUCAAAGAUCGCAAUCUAUUUUGCUUUUCUUGGAAUGUAUACACAGUGGCUGCUCUUCCCUGCUGUGGUUGGGCUUAUUGUGUACUUCAUAGAUUAUGGGUCAGCGAAUUUAGUAGUGCUCCCUGCUUUCUUCAUUGCGGUCAUACUAUGGGCUAUUAUGUUUUCUCAGUUCUGGAAACGGAAAAAUGCUGCACUUUUAGCCAGGUGGCCUAUUACCUAUGGAAAUGCAGUUGAUGAAGAAUACAAGGUUGUUGGCAUGAAGGGUAAUGCUCAACCCCGACAGAACCCAAUGGACCUCAUAAAAUUACUCGAGGCUGAUAGAGUGAAGGGAAAGAAAGUGUUCACGAAAUAUGAGUGGUUUAAUCAUCUUUUGCGAAUCAGGAACGAUGCACUCAUUAUCAUCAGCAUAAUAUGCCUCCAGUUACCAUUUGAGUUGGCAUAUGCUCAUCUUUAUGAAGUUCUUAAUAAAGAUAUAAUUAAGUUUGGGCUCACUGCUAUUUAUCUUGCUACCAUUCAGUACAUUACUAAGCUUGGUGGCAAGGUUUCUGUUAAACUUAUCAUGUUUGAACACAAUGAAAACCCGGAAACACGAGCUGAUAGCUUGGUCUACAAGGUGUUUGGUCUGUACUUUAUGCAGACAUACAUUGGAAUCUUUUAUCACGCGUUGUUGCACCGAAACUUUGGUACUCUUCGCAAAGUUCUGAUUCAGCGGCUCCUAAUUUCUGAGGUGGUUCAAAACUUGAUAGAAACUUCAUUGCCUUAUAUCAACUACAACUAUAAAAAAUAUGCCGUUCGACAAAAUAAGGAGAAGGAGGAGAAAGGAUCAUCUGGAACAUUCCAGUUUACUUCUAGAGUAGAGAAAGAAUUCCUUAAGGCUUCUUACACUGCCAGCACUGGCGAGGAGCUUGAGGAUGGGUUAUUUGAUGAUUUUUUGGAGUUGGCACUGCAGUUUGGAAUGAUUUUGAUGUUUGCUUGCGCAUUCCCACCUGCAUUCGCUAUGUCUGCUCUGAACAACAUUAUGGAAAUCAGGACAGAUGCUUUGAAGCUACUAGCAAUGAUGAAGCGGCCUGUCCCUCGUGCGUCUGCAACAGUAGGAGCCUGGCUUAACAUUUUUCAGUUUCUCAUAUUGAUGUCCAUUUGCACUAAUUGUGCACUUCUAGCAUGGCUAUUCGAUGAGGAGGGAAAAUGGAAGAUCGAGCCAGGACUCGUCGUGAUUUUGAUAAUGGAGCAUGCUCUAUUGUUGAUUAAGUUCGGUUUCUCUCGAUUGGUUCCUGCGGAACCAGCUUGGGUUAGAGCCGCCCGUGCGAAAAACAGUUCGCAAGCACGAGACAUGUAUACUAAGAGGCUCUUGAGGACCAUUUCUGGAGGAGAAAAGACAAGAGAGCUGAAGAAGAUUGAGUAAGUUUUGAUGAUGUUUAUUUUUUUUGAAUCUUAGAAGUCACUUCAAUGCUGCAAGGUGGUGAAAAAUUGCACAAGCCAGGCUUGUUAUUUUUGUUGUAUGUUGUUAGGAAGGGAUUUUGUUGUUACUGUGGUGAUAAGAAAUUGCUAGGUAGACUUUUUUUUUUUUCCGACCGGUGUCUGAGGUUCGGCCUCGACUAAUCCAGACCCAACCCGGCCGGUAGCAUUUUUGGCUUUGAUAGAUAGUCUUCCAACAGGGAUAGCUGCAUUCAUAAAGUUUCAAACUCCAGACCUUAGGUGUUGGUAAUGCUACUUAUACUAUAUAGCUCAUUACUUAUAAUUGUGAA